AUGUCGGCAGGGUUCACAAAGCAAGACAAGGAGGACCUCCGGGAGAUCUUUCGCAUCUAUGACUUUUCUAAGGUCAACAAGGUUGAGGACUCGGUUGCGCUGGCCCAAAAAGCCGGCCAGACCCCCGCCGAGCUGUUCGACGACCUUUAUCAGCUUUUUAAGAUCCAAAAACUGCCACAGCGAGAGACGGUGGCGAGGCGAAUGCGCGAGGCCGUCCCCAACGCCACUGAUGCGGAUGUCGAAAGCGUAAUUCGGCAAAGCGAGAUGAAAGGUUUCACCGAGCGCGACGCCCUGCGCUCGCUGGAGCGGAAGUACAGUGUGCAGCACCUCGAUAGGCGUGCUCUGCUAGCCUCGCGCGGCAACCACUCAAGUCCACAGUGCAAGGUCCUCGAGGGGGAGUCAGAGCUGGGGCAAGCGGCCAGCUCGCUGCACCACAUCCAGGUGAACGAGACCAGCAUGACGAGCAGCACACUUCUGGCAACCAGCGGCGAUGUGAUGGAAAAGGCGUCUGACUCCUCUCUUAUGUUAGCCCGGCCACCCAGUAAGCUGAGUGGAGCGCCGACGCGUGAGGACCUGGACGAAAUCAUCGCCGAGGAGGUGCGUGAGUGGGUGGCGAAGAUGGUGGGAGUCAAGUACAACGCGGAUGUGUUGUCGAUGCCCAACUUCGUCGACGCCCUGCGCUCUGGUGUCGUACUGCACGUGCUGCUGCAGAAGAUGGAAAGCCCUCCCGUCUCUGACGAGGACCUGAAGCUACCGAAGCGGACAACAGGCUUCUUCGUUCGCGACAACGUAGCCACAUUCCUGACGACAGCGAAGAGGCGCUACAACCUUGUCGACGCGCAACUCUUCACCGUCUCGGAUCUGGUAGACGGCAAGAACGACCGGCAGGUGGUGACAUGCGUGAUGUCAAUAGCGCGCAUCGCCUACAGCGGUGGCACCAUCAAGGACGCGCCAAACAUUAUUAUGUACGAGCACGAAAUUGAGCAACAGCAAAACCGCCUUACCCGGCUUGAUCUGGACCGCAUCGUGCAAGAGGCAGAGGCCGAUGAGGGCAUGUCCAACCCCGUCGCGCGCCACGAUGACCCGGUGGACUGGCCAUCGAACAAGACAGUCCCUGUACCCACCACCACGUCGCCGACUGUGCGUUCGUGCGACGAGUGCCACGACUUCGCCACGCCUCCUACACAGGAAUCACCAUGCGCGGGUGAGAGUGCGUUCACACAACACGAGUUAGGCUCUCCCGAUGUGGCAGUCGAGGGACUGGUGCGCUGCACUGUCCCCGACACAGCAGCGGUGUGCGACACGGAUAAGUUGAACGACAAAGGUGGCGAAGAUAAGGCCGCGGCGACAUCAGCAUCUACGCUGCCUUCUGACCAAACACCGCUGAGGGUGUCGGCGUCUCUGGCGUGUAUGCCUCCGCCGCGCACUUGCGCCAUCGAAGGCACGACAGAGCCAGGGGUGUUGUCGGCACCGACAGAUGUCGGAGAGCACUUCUUGCCGGCAAACGCGUCUGUGGGGCAAGUGUCACAGACGAGCGCGCAGUUGACUCCCACCAACAGCGACGAGGCGCUGACGGCAGCGGCGCCGAGCACCGCCGUUGCACAGCCAGCCGAGACACCAGAGGACAGGACUGAGGCACGGGGCACAGACGUGUCCGAUGCGGCGCCAUCGGAGAGGCGCCGUAGUGGUGGUGAGGACAGCGAUGGCGGCGGCCGCGUCUUUUACCUGCGCGACGGCAUGAUCCACCCAGCGAAGGCGACGCCGAUGGAAGAAAAGGUGGUUGCUGAGCAUCGCAAGAAGACAGGCCCACGCGUCGUGUGGAAGAGUACGAGCACACCCUUGGAAGCCACACAGCCGCCGCGAUACCAUAGCCGGCACUGGGACGGCAUCGAUGUUGCCCUGGGUCGUCAUUUGAAUGCGCAUUACGAGAAGCACCGCCAGUCUCCUUGGCGCUUUCGAACUGUCACGGCCACAUCCGGCGAGUAUGUGUUGUACAACCGCCUCGAUGCGAGCAGGCGUGUUGUGUUCCUGCGUAUUAUUCAAAAGAGGCUGUUUCUGCGCAAUGCCGGCAAGCACCAGCGGUGGGUUGAGAUCGAUGAGGCCUUAGAGGGACUGGAGAGGUUGGAAGUGUAG